AUGAAGUUCUACCUUGUUGCCCUAUUGGUGUUUGCCAUGGUGUUUAGGGGGAUUUCGGCGAAUAUCCCCGGUCUUGAGAAGAUCUCAAAAGCAUUUACGUCAAGCAAGACCAAGGAGCUUCAGGGAUUACUCAAGGCCGACGAUUCGCUUGGAAAUGCCUUCAAAACACUCAAGCUCAGCAAAAUGCCGAUUGGUAAGGAUGGCUUUAUCGAGACGGAAAUGGUGGUUAAGUUUUUAUCCAGCCGCAACUUUAAGGUUUGGUCUCAACAUGCCGCCAAGCUGAACAAGGAGGACUCGUACGGCGCCAUGAUUACAGCACUCACGAAUGUCUUCGGCGAUAAAAAUGUGGCGAUAAUGGUCCUACUGGGGAAGCAUUCGAGGAGCUCAAGCGGUGUCUCCAAGAAGUUGGAGACAGCGCUGUUCAACAAGUGGUACACCGUCGACAAAUACAGAACAGCCGAUGAUAUGUUUGCGAAGGUGUUGAAGGCGAAUCGAGACACGAUUCAUGGGUACGCUCGGGAGAAGUUCAUUUGGGGAGAUUAUUCGAAGUACAUCACGAAUAGAGUCAUGAACUAUUAG